GCAGAGUGUAUUUUAUUGACGGUGCUGGAAUGCAGAGAAUAGGAGUCAAAACACUGUUUUCAUAUCGACGGAGUCCAUUUUUGACAUUUGGACUCUUGCACCACUCCAAAUGGUCUUAGUGUGAUGUAUAUAUUCAUGAUUAAGUAUGUUGCUAGUGAAGUUUUAGAGGGAAUGUAUGUCUGUUUUAAGAAACUAGAAGUUCGUAUUUGAACAACCUGAAAAAGCAAAAAAAAAACAGAAAGAAAGAAACAAAAAUGCCAAAUUUCAAAUUUGAAUGGAUGUAACAAUUUGUUCUCGCAAAGACUGAAGUUCUAGCAGUGGCCUGGUCCCAAAACUUUUGGGAUUCUUUUAUCACUUGUUGCUACGAGCUGCACUGCAGACAUUCAUGUGUAGCCCUUCUGCUCAUAGGCAAUAAUAACUAGGGUAGAUGGUGAAGAUGAAAAACAUUAGUGUCAUAGUUACACAGCUUUAAGCAAACACAUUCUCCGAUCCAUACUUCUAAUUCAAGGCUAACAACCAAACAAAAGCUCAGGUGGUAUCACAAUUAUAUGGAAAUGCACACCAUUUCAUUGGGGGAUUGUGUGCUCUUUCGUAUUUAGCAUUGUUACUUAUGUAUUUCUUUGGUUUCAUCUAAAGGAAAGAAAUACUUCGUAUUAUGUAUGCAUCCUUUUCAGGUGAUGGAGUACAUUCUUGGGAGAAAGAUGAUCAUUUUGCUGCAGAUGUUUAUUCCUAUGGCUUCCUGCUUCUGGAGCUGAUAACUAAACAGAUUCUUGAGAACCCUCGCUCUGUUGGGUUGUUUGAGAUGCAAUACCGCAAAAUAUGCUCCCCUUUUGAGGAGGCCUUCCUUGGUCUGGCAAUGGAAUGCGUUCAACCUAAGAAUGGAUGUCGACGACCUAACAUACAUCAAGUUGUUACUUCACUCAAGCAUUAUGUUGAAGAGUUAUCUACGAGAAAGAGAAAUGUUGAAGGAGCCGACCCUAUGAAUUUCCCACGGAAAAGGGAAAAAGUGAAAGUGGUUACAACUUGAACUUGAUUGUUUUUUAAUGCGGAGGAGAUGAGAUUGUGAGUUCCGCCUACGUAGUACUAUCGUAUAAGCUAUGUCACAUUC